CACUGCAGGCCGGUGAUGGGUGGAGAGAUUCCCAACCAGAAGAAAAAAAGAAGGAAGAAAAAGUUGUGAAAGUGGCGAGACGAGAGUGUGUGUGCUGCAUCUCGCCUCGCACACCCCCCUCACACGAGAAGCAGAAUUAGGGCAGCGAAGGUGAAGGAAGGUUUUCCCUCUGAGGUGAAGGAGAGUGCAGGGAAGAGAAGAAGUGCCUCCAGAUGUUUCAUGUUCCCAUGAACAUAAAAGCAGAAACAUCUUCACUUCCAACACACACCUCCAAUGAGAUCAUGCCUCUUCUGUGAGUUUUGUCUUCCCUCUUUUGGUGCUGGGAGAAUGGAGAGUGUGAAAGUGUUGCUGUUGGACAUUCUGUGGGUCACGCUGGCCAUGUCUGCACCCGGGUGUUGUGCUCCUUUUCACGACAAUGCGAUUGACCUUCUGGCAGCUUUGAACAUGUCCCAGCCAAGAAGCGGACUGUCCAGACUGCACAGUCCCACAGGGCUCGUGUACAGACUUCGCCUUAAAGCGCCUCACUUGACGCUUCCUCAGGAAUAUUCCCGGGUCCUUCACUCCAACCUUCAGGGAAGCAUGGGGUUUCAUUUUGUGGGGCACCAGUUGCAGGGCACCAACGCCACCCUUCUGUCCCUGUCCUCCUCAUCCUCGCCCAUCCUUCAACUCACCUCGUCCACCCUGGAGGACACUCUGCGUGUGGACUACCAGGCGGUGGGCGGCAUUUUCCCCAGGAGAAAUCCCUUCUCCCGGGGGGAAUGGGUCCAGUUGGCCGUCAGCCUGGAGCCAGGCAGGAUCGUAUAUUUUGUGGACUGUCAAGAAGCUGAAAUGGUGCUAAUAAAGGAGAAGUUCAAGGUGGAACUUCCCCAAGACGUCCUCGUCACUCUGGCCAGCACGCCCGGGAGGAAAGACAGCAGGUUUAGUGGCCAUGUGAAGAAAGCUGAGAUUUCCAUGAAGGCAUACCAGCGACGCCCCUGGCACUGUGGUAAUGUUACAGAUGUUUCCCCUGCGUCCAAACACCAGCAGCACAAUGCCAGCGUCCCAGUGUUGCAACAGGAAGUGUCUUCCAGCAGUAAAGCCAGUAGGACACUGCUCCAAACUGCUCAUUAUCCUCACAACGUCCAAAGUGACCAGCUGCAAAGAGGAGUGGUCCUGGGGCCUCCAGGACUCCCUCAAGAGGGGAAGACUGCUUCCCAAGGUUUGAGCAAGCUGGAGAUCAGGCUGGAGGAUCUGGCUCGCAUGGUGGACAUGCUCAAAGCUCAGAACGAGGAGCUGCAGUCGCGAGUACGCCACCUGGAGGGAUGCGAGUGCGUGAGGCGCUCGUGUGUGUGGGAAGGUGGCGAGGUGGAGGAUGGUCGACGAUGGCAGAUUGACCUCAACACACUGUGUGUGUGCACAUCUGGAAAGGUCACUUGUCACGCCAACAUUGUCGACUGUGAGGCGGACAGAAGACUUCACAACGUGUCCCACACUGCUCGUAAUUGUGAGGGAGGUAACAGGGAGUGUUUGGCCGUGCCGUGCCCUCCACUGGACUGCGCACAGAAGGAAAGCGUACCUGGAGAGUGUUGCCAGCGAUGCAGCAGCUGUAUCCACUCAGGUGUGCGUUACGACCACAAUGCCAAGUGGAGGCCAGCAGAGAGUCCAUGUGACACCUGCCAGUGUUUGGAAGGUGACGUUCGCUGCGAGAGAGAGCAAUGUCACACACCUUGUAGCAACCCUGUGCCUCCUGCACGCAACACCUGCUGUCCCACGUGUCAAGGCUGCGGCGUGAAUGGUCAAAACUUCCCAAAUGGAGCCGUCAUGCCCUCUGGAGACCGCUGUGAAGAGUGCACAUGUGUGGAUGGAAAUGUAGCAUGUUUACCUCGCCCGUGUCCUGCCUUGUUUUGUCCAAAUCCUGUCCAUCGUGUUGGUGACUGUUGUCCACGGUGUGAUCAGUGUGAGUACGAGUCCAAAGUCUACCUGGAUGGACAGAAGUUCCCAAUCACAGGCGACCCUUGUCUUCAGUGUCGCUGCUCUUCAGGUGAAGUGUCCUGUCAGCGCUUGGAGGCGUCCUGUCCCGCGCCAGACUGCAGCCAUCCUGCUAAACGCAAGGGAGAAUGUUGUCCAGUAUGCAACGAAUGUGACUUUGAUGGAAGGGUGUACGCAGAUGGGAAAGGGUUUGUCCCGCCUGGAAGUGGACCCUGCCUGCAGUGCAGGUGUAAGAGCGGAAAUGUAGUUUGCCAUGAAGAGAAGUGUCCCCCCGUGCAGUGCGCCAACCCAAUAAUAGACCCACAUCUGUGUUGUCCUGUCUGCAAAGCGUGUGUGUUGGAGGGCUUGGAGUAUGAGGACGGCUCCAGGUGGCACCCAGAAGAUCCAUGCUCCAGCUGCACAUGUGUGGAUGGAGACACCUCGUGUACUCACAGCCAGUGCCCCCCCACCGCCUGUCAGCAUCCCACCAAGACGACUGGUUCCUGUUGCACAGUGUGUGACAGCUGCACUUAUCACCAUCGUAUCUAUAGCAACGGGCAGAGGUUUGUGACACCGGACCAGCCGUGCCAACUCUGCACAUGUCUGCAUGGCACUGUGGAGUGCGAGAGAAGACCUUGCCCACCACUCAACUGUACCAACGCAUACACACCACCUGGGGAGUGCUGCCCUAAGUGUCCAGAUUGUUUCUUUGAAAACCACGUGUUUGUGGAUGGACAAGCCUUUCCCAACCCAGUGAGUGUGUGUGAGGAGUGUAAGUGUGCCAGCGGCAGGAUCGACUGCCACCAGACGCAAUGUCCUCGUCCUCACUGCAACGCUCCCUUGUCGGGAACAUGCUGUCGUAACAACUGCAAUGGAUGCAGCUAUGCCGGGAAGGAGUAUCACAACGGCCACGAGUUUGCACAUCCUACUGACUCAUGCAGGACCUGCAACUGCAUUAAUGGAAAUGUCCAGUGUCUGAUGAAGAGAUGUCCACCAUUGGCAUGUGCUAACCCUCAUACCUCAGCUGGAGAAUGCUGCCCACAGUGUCCUGCGGCGCCUUUAGACUGUGAGUACGAGCGACAAACUUACAGACACAGUCAACGUUUCUACCAGCCGGCUGACGACUGCCAGUUAUGCUCCUGCAACAAUGGCACCGUCCAAUGUCAGAGAAAGCCUUGUCCUUUUGCUUCCUGCUCCCAUCCAAUCACGCGGGACUGCUGCCGAACAUGCGAAGGCUGUAUGUAUGAAAGUCGGGAGCGUGCCAGCGGGGAGAUGUGGGACGAUGUUUCGGACCCCUGUGCUGUGUGUGUGUGUCACGAGGGCUCCGUAAGCUGCGAGACAAAGCGCUGCCCCCCCGCAGACUGUAAGCACCCGGUGCAGAGACGGUGCUGCAUGUCCUGUGAUGGCUGCAUGUUUCAUGGGAGAGAAUACGCUGACGGCACAGAGUUUGCUGACGAUAAAGACCCCUGUGCUGUGUGUUACUGCUACGGGGGGGAGGUGGUCUGCAGCAGACUGCCCUGCUAUGGAGACUGCCGUCAUCCUUACAAAGCACCUGGACAAUGCUGUGGAGAAUGUGAACGAUGCUUUUAUAACGGCGAUGUCCUCUCUAAUGGACAGUCUAUUCCAGAUCCGGGCAACUCCUGCUCUGAAUGCACCUGCCAGACUGGCACUGUUCGCUGUGUGAAAAGGUCGUGUCUUCCAGCGCUCUGUCCUCACCCUGACCCUGACACUUGUGGAUGUCCAGUCUGUGACGGUUGUCACUUCCAAGGUGAGAAGUACAUUGAUGGACAGAUCCUGGCAGGAGGAGAAGAUGGCUGCCAAGAGUGCACAUGUUCAAGGGGUGAGGUGGUGUGCGCCCGGCGAAGAUGUCCCGCCCUGUCCUGCACUCAUCCGGCGCUGGACGGCUGUGCGUGUGGCGUGUGCGACGGCUGCAGAUUUGACGGACGGGACUGUUUCAACGGAGAGCGAUUUGCUGACCCCGUGGAUGCUUGUCAGCUCUGCUCGUGUCUGAAUGGCGGCGUGGUGUGUGUGCAUGUGUCGUGUCCAAGCGUCACCUGUUUGCAUCCGGUGACCCCGCCAGGUGAGUGCUGCCCCGUCUGCUCCGGGAUUUGUCUCCAUCAGGGGAAGGAAUACCGGUCAGGAUCAUCCUUCCCUUCACCCUCCGACCCCUGCGCCUCCUGCUCCUGCCUGAAUGAAGUGGUGACCUGUCAGAGGAGACCGUGUCCAGUCCUGUGUUCCCACCCCAUCCCGUCAGACACCUGCUGCCCCGCCUGUGACGCCUGUCUGUAUGAGGGUGUGGUCCGCUUCCUCGGCCACACUUUCACCCCCUCCUCCAAACCUUGCCAGCGCUGCACUUGUGUGAGAGGCACGGUCACUUGCGUGCCCCUCGUGUGCCCGCCCACGCCCUGCAGCCGAGCCGUCACCAAGCCAGGCCAGUGCUGCCCUGAGUGCACAGCUUGCAUGUUGGAUGGACAUGAGUACAAUGACGGGGAGGUGUGGACCCUGGGUUCAAACCACUGCUCCACAUGCACCUGUCAGGCUGGCGAGGUGCAGUGCACGUCCUCACAGUGUCCCGAGCUGACCUGCAUGAAUCACGUGACUGAUCCAGGAGCAUGCUGUCCUCGAUGUAGAGGCUGCAUGUUUGACAGAGAGGAGCAUAGAGAAGGCAGCAGCUGGUUCGCCGACUCGUCUCACUGCAGGAGCUGCAUGUGCGCGGACGGAGUGACCACCUGCUCCCAAAUACGCUGCCUGUCUCCGUGCACCAACUUCAUCCACGUGCCCGGGGAGUGCUGUCCUGUGUGCGCAGACUGUGUGUUUGAGGGCAGAGUGUACGGUCCAGGAGACAGCUUCCAUCCUGCCGGAGACCCCUGCCAGGUCUGCACAUGUGAGGUGAUGCCAGAUGGAGAACAGCACCUGCGGUGUUAUCGUAAACAAUGUCCCAGUCUGGUGGACUGUCCCAAGAACAACAUCUUUUUCUCUGGACCAGACUCCUGCUGUCCUGUCUGCGCACAGCCUCUCAGUAACUGCACUGCAACGCUGAUAGGCAACGAGGUGCUGGCCACAGAUGACCCUUGUUUCACCUGCCAGUGCAAGGAUCUGACAUGGACGUGCCUUCAUCGAGCCUGCCACCCGCUGACUUGCCCCCCCAGUGAACAGUUCACCCCUCCAGACUCGUGCUGUCCUGUGUGUAAAGACUGCGUGAUCGAGGGUCAGAACAGACGCAUGGUGAGCGGCAGCAGAUGGACGGACAGCGACGACGACUGCGUGACAUGCACCUGCAAUCUGGGCUACAUUGAGUGCAGCAUUGAGGAGUGUUCAUCUACACCGUGUCUCAACAAGCAGAAGGCAGUGAAGGUGGCAGGGAAAUGCUGCCAUGAAUGUCAAGACUCCGGGGUGUCGUGUUUGCAUCAGGGCACGUUGUACCAGUCGGAUGAACAGUGGCAGGUGGACGAGUGCACCGGCUGUACCUGUGUGUCGGGAGACGUGCACUGUCGCAGUGAACGCUGCCCCCCACUCACCUGUGCUACAGAUGAGAUGCCAGCUGUUGUUCCAGGUUUGUGUUGUCCUCACUGCAUCCCUCGCCCGGCCACCUGCAUCGCGUUUGGCGACCCUCAUUACCGCACCUUCGACGGCCGCAUGCUGCACUUUCAGGGGGCGUGCACCUACGUCCUGGCGCAGGACUGUGAAGGCGGAGACUUCAGCAUCCACGUGACUAACGAGGACCGUGGCCGUAAAGGUGUGUCGUGGACUAAAGAGGUGACCGUCUUAAUCGGUGAUGUCACAGUGCAGCUUCUCCAGGAUUGGUUGGUCAAGGUCAACGAUGAGGCGGUGACGUUACCGUUCCUCAAAGAACCGUACAUCUACGUAGAACGCAAAACCAACACCAUCCUGCUCAACACCAACAUCGGCCUUAAGGUACUGUGGAGCGGUCGUUCCCACCUGGAAGUGAGCGUUCCUGGCUCCUACAAAGGUCUCACAUGUGGCCUCUGUGGGAACUUUAACAACUACCACCAGGAUGACCUCCGCAUGCCCAGUGGACAGAUGAGCCUGUCAGAAGCAGACUUUGGAAACAGCUGGAGGGUCAGAAACGGAAGUCACUCACUCUCAUCGUGUCGCCCCGGGGAGGACGUCGACCCUUGCAAGGAGGCGGGCUACCACGCCAGGAAAGGUGCCAACGCUCGCUGUAAGGUCCUCAAGUCGGCCACCUUCAAGCCCUGUCACCGCGUGGUCGCUCCCGAGGCGUGGUACGCCGCCUGCGUGUACGACCUCUGCGCCUGCGGGGCCAACACUGACGAGUGCCUGUGCGACACGCUGGAGGCCUACGCCAGCCAGUGUCGAGAGGCCGGCGUGGUCCUACGCUGGAGGAGCCCGUCACUGUGUGCUGUGGGCUGUCCAGUGGAGAGGGGCUUCGUGUUUGACGAGUGCGGCCCCCCUUGUCCCGUGACGUGCUUCAACGCCGCUGUGCCACUAGGGGUGAUAGAGAGCCACUGUUUCAAGCCCUGUGUACCCGGCUGCCAGUGCCCCGCCGGGCUGGUGCUGCACAACAACUACUGCAUUCAUUCCAGCAAGUGUCCGAAAAUCAUCCACGGCAACAUCUCUUGAUGGCGAUCUGAAUGCACGUGUCAACACGCACACUGCCGCCAUCUUUAAUGCACACUCGGUUUGAACUGAAAUACGCUCUCGCUUCACACAGCUUGCAUACCCUCUGACAUACUUGCCAACCUUGAGACCUCAGAAUUAGGGAGAUAUCCAAAAGGCCCGCUGGGGGGG